AGGUCGAGCGGCCCAAGUUGUUGCGACCGGGGUGUGUCACUUCGCCCGGACGAACGCAGCAUCGCAUGGCCAAGUUCUGCAGUCGUCGUACCUUCAUCGAUGUGGAUGAAGGGACCGCGAACCAAUUUCGACGAUCCAAAAGCUGUCCAGAAUUCGGCAUUCGAGACCGGGCCACGCCGGAAGAGCCACUUUCAGGCAUCGAAGUUGCUGGAGCGUUCUGUUCGAAGGUGGAUGACCCCACGCAGCCGAUGCUGGAGUUUCUGGAGCCAGGCUCAACGAUCGGCAGCCAUGGACACCCUCACAUCUGCCGACGGCCAUGCAUUCUGUUCGCUCGAGGGUUCGGCUUGUCAACUUUGCCAUUCACUACAUGUGGACAGAGCAGCCAGCCUAGACGCGCAGCAGCGGGCCAUGGUCGCAAGAUGGUCCUUGGCGCAGUUGCUCGACGCCGUGCGGGUUUCGCACCGAGCUCGGCCGUGGCCGUGGCUCUGCAGACCGGAUCUGCCCAUCUUCGCUGGUCCAACGUGAGCUAGACCUGCGCAAGCCGAAGUGUCGCCCCUGGAGUUUUGGGUCCAGUUCCGCAUCGACUCCGAAACGUCUUCCGCAUGUCUCUGUCUGCGCUGGUGAGUGUGGUCUGUUCCAAGUCCACGCGCAGCCCCUGUUCAGCGAUCUUGAAGAGGGCCUUGAACAAUUUGCGGCGAGCAGUGGGUGAACGGCAGUGAACAGAGUCUUGGACAUGCAAGGUCAUGAUUGUCAUGACGUGUGCCUGACGGCGCUCAAGAGCUUUAGGAUCCAAAGACUUGGAAAGGCGCGUGGGAAAACUCUAGGUGUUCCAAUUGGUGUUCCAAUUGGCUCACCAAGCUACCCUGCCAACUCCAUUCCGUUCUACGCAAAACGAGCUCUGUGCCAUGUGACGAACAUGUGGCCAGAGGGAACUGUAGGAUGCUCAGAACUCCUUGCAUACUUGGCAUGGCAUAGGCAUUGGAACCAACCUCCUCAUUGCAAGCCAAAGCUGUCGAACAUUGUUGAG